CUCCACACAUCUAUAAAAAGAGCUUUCCUCCUAUGAGGAAGCAACAGCAGACCUUCUCCUACUGAGCAUUUCAUCACAGAGCAGAGAGAAAGCAGAGGAGGAGGAGAGGGAUCACAUUUAAGUGUCGCCACUCUGGAAGAUCUGUGGACAAACGGAGAAAAGCAAGAAGAUAAAUAGAUAGAAGUACUUUAUUGAUCCCAAUUUGGAGAAAAUAAAUUUGAGAGGAAAGGAAGGCUUUUGGAAAAGGCUGAAGAAGAUGGUGUGUUUAUGUUGGUUGUUCGUGGUGGUGAUGGCAUAUGUGUGUGUCCCUGGGUUCGGGUCAAAGGGCUGGGAAAGCUCCAUCUGCAACGACCUGAGCAACAAGGGGAGGAUACUGGACUGUAUUCACCUCUGCAUGUCUGUCAUUCAGACUGAAUUCCCACUCGGAGCUUUGGCCUUGAAGGUGAAUGAUGAAGACGACGACCUCUUACUCAGCAUCAUCCUGGCCACCCUGGUGUCUGAAAACAAAAUCUCAGAGUCAGGUGUGAAAGACCACACUGAUCUGCGACGCUCCUAUUCAAUGGAGCAUUUCCGCUGGGGCAAACCCACUGGCCGUAAACGCCGGCCAGUCAAAGUUUUCGCCUCCAGUCUAGAGGGAGGGGGCUCCUCUGAGGGCAGUUUCCCCCGUCAGGUGCGCCGAGAGCUGAGCGGCAACCAGGAGGAUGUGAGGGGGCAGUUGAAGGGAGGGAGUCAAAAGGCGAGAGUCAGCUCCAAGUCACAUUCGUUGGGCCCGCAGGAGAGGAAAGAUGGGACCUAUCGGAUGAGUCACUUCAGAUGGGGGAGCCCCACUGCCUCUAAACGUAAUGGCAGCUUUAAGAAACAGUGGGAGGGGAAAACUCGGGGGCAGCUGGCCAAGCUAUUCAAGAACAUUAUGGUGAAGGAUGUGCAGAGGAUAAUGGGCUGAAUGUACCACGGAGGAGGGGGGGUGGGGGGAGUCGCUGUUGUAGAGAGAAUCUAAUAGCCAUUGCAUGUCAGUAUCCACAGGUCUUUAUUUUAAAUUACAGACACUUGUCACAAUCAUUAGCAUGUUGUUGAAUGUAUAUUUCUGGGUCUCAUUAAAACCUCAAAUAAAGAUAAGAAACUAGGCAGUUCUUUGUUUGAUAAAUAUAACAAUGCACCAACAGCCUUGAGAGAUUUCUUGUUUUUCGUGUGGGAAUCAUCUUUAUUGAUCCUUAUGUUGAAGAAGAGAGAAUGCCAUUCCAUAGAAAGACGUGGGUGUGAAUGACAGCUUUUAAAAUCAUAUAUCCAGUUCAUUUACAGAGUUGUAUCUUUUUGUAAAUUAAUAUAAUAUUAAAGAGUAUUAUGUUUAUGGCAAACAAUA